AUGGACAGUGAAAAUACGACGCUGUAUCCUGUGAAACAGGAAGCAUCUGAUAAUUCGGAUGACUAUUCCUUGCAGAGUAGUUCAAAGAUCGAUCAAGCCUUGGAGGCUCCUGCAACUUGUUUUCAUAGUACCAAAAUGGAAUACUCUUCUCAUGGUGCCAUAGAUGUGGAAGCGAGAAGGCAAUUAUCUACGGUUUAUGGAGACUAUAAUACUUCUGCCACUAUACAGAUUAAGGUUGAACCGCAGGAAUCAGGUAUCGAGAUACUACAUGAACCAGGGGACUGUAAUCUCACAGAGAGUAACGCUUUAAACGAUCAAGAGUUUGUCGACCACGGGUCAUAUUUACCGAAAGCCAAAACAGAGCAUCCUAUUGUGGAAGAUAUAUAUCUGGAAGGUACAAAAAUCACGCCUUCUUGUGACACCGAGCAUACCGCUGUGCAAAUUAAGGUUGAAGCCCAAGAUCAAGUUUCGGAUCAAGAGCAAGAAAUGCUCUCAGAUGCUGCCUUAGAUCAGUAUGAAGCCUCUUUACCAGGAAAGGUGGUAAAAACUGAACAUAUUCCAAUCAGCGGGAAGUUGCAAUCGCUAACUUCUGCAGAAACCCUAGAUGAGCCCAUUGUGGACUCUCACAGCGAACCACGUGAUGAUAGUUCCACAAACCAAAACACACGCGUGUAUUCCGAUGGGGCAGUAUACGAAAUACGUGUAGUAGAAGAUGCCUGUCGUACAGCCAGCAACAAGGUUGCAGCAGAACAGCCAUCCAACAGCAACGCCACAACAGGCAUCGAACUGCAUCAUCAAACAGCGCAAAUGAACGUUAUGAAUUCUAUUAAAACAUUGGGCGAAAAUAAGCAGUACAAAUGCGACAGCUGCGAGAAAUCGUUUUGUGAUAAAAUGGAGUUAAAAAUUCAUAAAAGGAACCAUCAAUUCACGGUAUGUCCAGUGUGCAAGAGAACCAUGCGUACCGAUUUCGUGAAAAGACAUAUCGCUAGGGUGCAUCCGGAUGAUGGGAUUUUACCAAGAAAUAGAUCAUUCCCUUGCGAUGAAUGUGAUCGAGUGUUUUCGAAUGAUGUGCAAUUGAAGAAUCAUCAGCUCUCCCACAAGAAACAGGGAUGUCCAGUUUGUGGCAAAAUAGUACGAUCCGAUUAUUUGAAGAGACACAUGGAUUUGGACCAUCCGAAGGAGGUGAACUCAUCUGACGGUAGUACCUACCCGUGUGAUCAAUGCGAAACAGUGUUAAGCAACAGGUAUCUACUGUUUUUUCACAAACGCACUCACCAAACGGAAGAAUGUCCGGUAUGCAAGGAAACUCUCAGGGCCGGAUACAUGAAAAUUCACAUCGACAUGAAACAUCCAGACCACAGUACCUUGCCGGAGAAUCCCGCCUUCAAAUGUGACCAGUGCGACAAGUCGUUUGGAUACAAAGCGGCACUAACGCUUCACAAGCGCAAGCACCGGUUGACAGAGUGUCCGGUUUGUAAAAAAACGGUCAGAGCGGAUUGUUUGAAACGACAUAUGGACUUUAAUCAUCCUAACGAUGCCAGUUUGCAUGAAAAUGCAACACGGACGGAAGGUGAUCCUGCGAACGGCGGGUACCCUCUAUCAUAUGAUAGACGAACGCAACAAACGGAAGAUUGUCCAGAGUGUAAGGAAACGUUCCGUAGCGACUACCUGAAGAUUCAUAUAGCCAUGAAACAUCCAAACGAUAGAGCCCUGCCCGAGGAUCGACCAUUCCAAUGCGAUCAAUGUGACAAAUCCUUUUGCUACAAAACACAGCUCAGGCUCCACAAGCGUAACCAUCGUUUGACGGAAUGCACAGUGUGCCAGAAGUCGAUGAGAUUGGAUUGUCUUAAGCUGCACAUGACCAGGAUGCAUCCUAACAACGUAAGCAGCGAUAGUACGCAUAACUAAAUGAUCCGUAUUUGAGUCCUUUUAUUUGCAUUUAGUUUUGUCUUACUUCAUGGGGUUUUUGACGCCGGUAAUUUUUGGUUUUACUUGUAACGGAAUGGUGUAAAAGUGCUGGGAGGAUGUCAAAAUUUGAAAGACAUUUGGUACCAGUCUUUUCGUGUAAAAAACUGGAACCGUUACCACUGCACUGCUUUCUAAAUUAUAGAAAUAGAAAUAAUGAUAUCAAAUCUUGUCCCAAGAAUUACGGGACUUAACGUAUCAUCCUUGAAAGAUGGUACAGUUAGUGCAUUAAUUUGGGAAACUAUGCAUUAGUUCCCCAAACUCCUACGAUCCAGAAGACACACAUAUGAUACUUGAAUAAGACCAACACGAGGUUUAGUAGAUGAAAGUCAUCAAUGCCAAUUCAAAAUUAUUAUGUUAGCAAGCUCAAAACGAGGUUUUGAUAAGAUCAGCACGGUGGAACGCUAAUUCGUUAAAAAUACCCGCAAUCACAGAUUAUCUUUGCAAUAGUAAACCAUAUAGGUCAGAUCUUUGAAAAUUUUCAACUAACGACCAACAACCAACUAAGCAAUAAAUGAAUAAAUGUGUGAAAUAACAUUGUGUAAAGAGAGAAACACGACAGAAACAUGACUAAUGCUGGAAUAUUUGAGAUAAUUUAUCUAGAUUAUAUAACUUAUUACAGUGGUAGUAAAUUUGUGUAACAUAACAGGGGAAAUAUUUGUUCUAUUUAUGAAUAAUUUUCAACAAACUUGGAGCCAACUCACGACAUUUCUCUCUGGUGCGUGGAAAACUUUU